AGCGAUUAAGUCCGUAAUAAGCCGCAGGAAGUUGCCGAGGAACGCUAGUCACCUUCGGUCUGUGGAGCUGGUCGUCAGCAUGUCCUUUCCUAAGGCGCCCCUGAAACGAUUCAAUGACCCUUCCGGUUGUGCGCCAUCUCCAGGUGCUUAUGAUGUUAAAACUUCAGAAGUAUUGAAAGGACCAGUAUCCUUUCAGAAAUCACAAAGAUUUAAAAAACCAAAAGAAUCUCAACAAAAUCUUAAUGUUGACAAAGAUACUACCUUGCCUACUUCAGCAAGAAAAGUUAAGACUUUGGGAUUAAAGAAAGAAUCUCAAAAGAAUGAUAAAGACUUGAAGAUAUUGGAAAAAGAGAUUCGUGUUCUUGUUCAGGAACGUGGUGUUCAGGACAAGCGGAUCCAGGAUCUGGAAGCUGAAUUGGAGAAGAUGGACGCAAAGCUGAAUGCUGCAGUCCGGGAAAAAAUCUCUCUCUCUGCAAGUAAUGCUUCACUGGAAAAACAGCUUAUUGAAUUAACCAAGACUAAUGAGCUACUAAAAUCUAAGUUUUCUGAAGAUGGUAACCAGAAGAAUAUGAGAAUUCUAAGCCUCGAGUUGAUGAAACUUAAAAACAGAAAAGAAACAAAGACGAAGAGUAUGAUGGCUCAACAAGAAGGCAUGGAGGUGAAGCUGCAGGUCACCCAGAAGAAUCUCCAAGAGUCUCAGGGGAAAACAGCACACCUUGAGGGGAAACUUAUUUCAAUAGAGAAAGAAAAGAUUGAUGAAAAAUCUGAAACAGAAAAACUCUUGGAAUACAUUGAAGAAAUUAGCUGUGCAUCAGAUCAAGUAGAAAAAUACAAGAUAGAUAUUGCCCAGUUAGAAGAAAAUUUGAAAGAGAAGAAUAAUGAAGUUUUAAGCCUUAAGCAAUCUCUUGAGGAAAAUGUUAUGUUGUCUAAACAAGUAGAAGACCUGAAUGCUAAAUGUCAGCUGCUUGAAAAAGAAAAAGAAGAUCUCAUCAACAGGCAUAGAGAUUGGGAAGAAAAUCUAAAUUCUGAAAUGAAAAACUUAAAAGAGAAGUUUAUUCUUGAAAAACAAGAACAUGAAAAGCUACAACAAAAAGAGUUGCAAAUUGAUUCACUUCUACAACAAGAGAAGGAAUUAUCUUCUAGUCUUCAGCAGAAGCUGUGUUCUUUUCAAGAGGAAAUGAUUAAAGAGAGGAGUCUCUUUGAGGAUGAAUUAAGGCAAGUGCUGGGUGAGCUAGAUACAUUACAGCACAAGGAAGAACAAGCUGAAAGGCUGGUCGAGCGAUUGGAAGAGGAAGCAAAAUCCAGAGCUGAAGAACUAAAACUUCUAGAAGAAAAGCUGACAGGGAAAGAAGCUGAACUGGAGGAAAAGAACGCUGCUCACACUCAGGCCACCCUGCUUUUGCAGGAGAAAUAUGAUAGUGUGGUGCAAAACCUCGGCCAUGUUACUGCUCAGUUUGAAAGCUAUAAAGCAUUAACAGUUAGUGAGAUAGAAGAUCUUAAGCUGGAGAACUCAUCACUUCAGGAAAAAGUGGCCAAGGCUGAGAAAAGUACAGAGGAUGUUCAACAUCAGAUAUUGGCAACUGAGAGCGCAAAUCAAGAAUAUGCAAGGAUGCUUCUAGAUCUGCAGACCAAAUCAGCACUUAAAGAAGCAGAAAUUAAAGAAAUCACAGUUUCUUCUCUUAAAAAAAUAACUGAUUUGCAGAACCAACUCAAGCAACAAGAUGAAGACUUUAAGAAACAACUGGCAGAGGAAGAAGCGAGAAAAUGUGGAAAAGAAAACACAAUGGCAGAAUUAACUGAGGAAAUGAAUAAGUGGCGUCUCCUUUAUGAAGAGCUAUAUGAUAAAACAAAACCUUUUCAGCUACAACUGGAUGCCUUUGAAGCAGAGAAACAGGCUUUGUUGAAUGAACACGGUGCAGCUCAGGAACAGCUAAAUAAACUGAGAGAUUCGUAUGCUAAAUUAUUGGGUCAUCAGAACCUAAAGCAAAAAAUCAAGCAUGUUGUGAAAUUGAAAGAUGAAAAUAGCCAACUCAAAUCGGAGGUAUCAAAACUCCGCUGUCAGCUUGCUAAAAGAAAACAAAAUGAGACAAAACUGCAGGAGGAAUUGAAUAAAGUUCUGGGUGUCAAACACUUUGAUCCUUCAAAGGCUUUUGUUCAUGAAAGUAAAGAAAAUUUUGCUCUCAAAACCCCAUUAAAAGAAGGCAAUACAAACUGCUACUGAGCUCCUAUGGAGUUUCAAGAAUCAUGCAAGUGAACAUCUAAGAAACCUGUUGAAGAUUAUUUCAUUCUUAUUAUUUUUAUUUUUGUUGCCAUUAUUAUUAUUGUUUGUAGUAAAUAUUUUUUAAUGUUGUAUUUCAUAUUACUUCCUAUCCUUAGGUAUGUGAAAGGAAGUUCAACAUUUUUUACUAAUACAUUUUCUGACAUUUUAUUUUCUAUUGCCAGUACCUCUUCCAUGAUGCUCACAUUUAUCACCUCAUUCUAAACCUUCUAACUGGCUUUCCAGCUUUACAACUCAUCCCAUCAAAUCAACAUUCCUUUAAAAAUCACUUCCAUAUUAUUAUUCUCCUAUUCUGAAACCUUAGAUGUUUUCAAGAUUCUCAUCCUCAGGUUUUUUAGUUUGAUACUGGAGGCUUUUUCCAAUCUGAACCUCUUAAGCUAGGCUAAAACACCUUGGCUUGUUCUUGCCUCUACUUUGAUUCACCUAGUGAUGUUCAUUCUGUCCUACCCAUCAUCCAUUUAUCCAGUUCAAAUAAGAAAUAAGGGUGUGUUUAACUCCAUAGUAAUCUCUCUAUCUCUUACCAGAGUCACUGAGUUGCUCGAUAAUUUGUAGAUUCCUAGACUCCAUCCCAGUCCUACUAAAUUGAAAUCUGGAGUGUGGCCUGAAAAUCUACAUUUUUAAUAAACUCUGCAGUUAAUUCUUAGAUGCACUAAGAUACACUAAAAAUCUGAGAAACUGCUCAUAAACUCUUUAGAGAAUUUCUUAUACUGCUUAGCAUCUGCCUGACUACUGUGAUUAAAAUUUGUGUAAUAUGAAAUAAAAUCACAUAUUAAGUCAAUUA